CAGGCCAGGGGCGCCUGGGGGCGCCUUUGCGGAGGGGGCGCGUGCGGCGCGCGAGGGCGGCAGCGCCAGCGCGCGGGCGCGCCCGCCCGAGGAGCACAAGCCGCUGCUGCCGCUGGACGCCCGCGACGCGGUGGCCGUCCUCCUCGCCGCGUGCGCCCUGUCGGUGGCAGCGGGCGGCGCAUCGGGGGCGGGGGCAUGCUGGUCCCGCUCUACAUCCUGGUGCUGGGGUUCCAUCCGCGGCACGCUGUGGCCCUCUCCAACGCCACCAUCCUGGGCGGCGCCAUCGCGAACACGGUGCUGAACGCCAGCAUCACCAGCACAGCUCCCGUGGACUGGGACCUCAUACUGAUGAUGGAGCCAGGCACCAUCGGUGCUGCCGUGGUCGGCUCGCUGCUGGCCAAGGUGCUGCCCGCCGGCCUGCUGUCGCUGCUGCUCUCGGCCGUGCUGGUCCUGAUGGGCCACAAGACUCUGAGGAGGGGCAUCGGCAUGUGGCGCACCGAGACCAGAGGCAUGACGCAGUGUGCAGCGUCUGGCUCCGCGGCGCCCGAGGUGGAGCUCCGCACCGUCGCAGCCCUCCCGGCGCAGCAGGAGGGCGCAUGCGCCGGAGGAGCCCGGGCUCCGGGGGGGCGGCCAGGCACUGGGACGGUGGCCCAGAAAGUGGCGCUCCUGACGCUCUGCUUCCUCGGCACGUGCGCGCUGGCCAUGCUCAAGGGAGGCUCCGGCCCCAUGGCGUCGCCAGUGGGCGUAGUCUGCGGCUCCCUCGCGUGGUGGCUGCUGCUGGUGGCCGAGAUCCCGUGGGUCCUUGCUUUCGCCCUCUAUUUCCGGGAUCUGUUGGUGGCCGAGUAUUCCGAUAGGAUCGCCAGCGGCCCCAAGUUCUCCCCGGGAGAGUUGGAGUGGGACUCGCGGAACACCAUCAGAUAUCCGCUUGUUGCCAGCGCAGCCGGGCUCGUGGCGGGCAUCUUUGGCGUCGGUGGCGGCAUCAUCAAGGGCCCCCUGAUGCUCGAGAUGGGCGUCUCCCCAGCCGUCGCCUCGACCUCCUCUGCGGUCAUGAUCCUCUACACCUCCGCCUCUGCGACGGUCUCCUACGUCGGGCUCGGCCUGCUGCAAGCGGACUACGCCGCCAUGCUCUUUGUGCUGGGAGUGGCCUGCACCGUGCUGGGCCAGUUUCUCGCACGGCGGCUGUCCGGUGGCUCCAGGCAGAGCCCGGUGGUGCUCUCCAUCGGCGCGGUGCUCCUGGGCUCGGCGUGCGCCGUGGCCGUGUCCGCUCUGGCCGGCAUCGUGGCCUCCGGCUCCGCGUACCUGCUGGACGUGGGUGGCGUCUGCCACUGAGCGGUCGGCGCGGUGUCCGCACAUCUGUUUCACGCGCUCAAUCGUGCGGUCUGCUGUGCCCUUCGACCCGUGCGGCAUCGUCACGUCGGACACGUUCGGUCACCCGUCCGCCAGGGCGCCGACGCACGAGGCCACGGCAGUAGCGCCGGGUCCUCGUGGCGGCCGCUAGACGCCCUCCCCCUCUCCCAGAAGGCUUCCCUCGCGACCCCGAUUGCCUGCGGCUGCGCCGUCGUGGCAAACCGCGUGUCGCCACGCGUGGCUCGGCUCGGGGGCGGAAAAGAGGCGGGUGAC